AUGAAGAUGAGGAAGGGUACUUUGGCGCGGUGCGCGCUGCUGUGCCUUCUCAGCACCGGGCUCACCGUCUCCUUCCUCGCGGUCGCCCCGCGCAUCCUGAAGGGCGAGCGGCCGCCGCGAUCCCCGCCGACGGCGGGCGUCCGGGGAUCGGCGGGGGACAACCGGAGCCGCCCGCCGCUCGACGAGGGCGACCCCCUCUUCCCCGUCGACUGCGAGGCGGUGGCGCGCGGCGACGAGGAGGCGGUGAACCGCGCCGAGCUCCUGCGCAUAACCGUGGCGUACAAGGCGAGGCACAGGCCCCAGGACGAGGGCGGCCUGCUGAACGCGACGCGCGACUGCGCCGCCUUCAGGCGCGCUCGAGGCUACGCGGCCUCGCCGCUGAGCCGCGAGGAGGCCGACUUCCCCGUCGCCUACUCCGUGGUCGCCCACCACCGCGUGGACAUGCUGGAGCGGCUGCUGCGCGCCAUCUACGCCCCGCAGAACCUCUACUGCCUCCACGUGGACGCCAAGUCGCCCCGGGCCUACCAGCAGGCGGCGCGCUCCCUCGCCGCCUGCUUCCCCAACGUGUUCGUGGCGCGCCGGCUGGAGGCGGUGGUCUACGCCUCGUGGUCGCGGGUGCAGGCCGACCUCAACUGCAUGCGCGAGCUGGCGGAGCGCGCCGCCGAGCGCCCCUGGCGGUACUUCAUCAACCUCUGCGGCCUCGACUUCCCCAUCAAGACCAACCUGGAGAUCGUGCGGGCGCUGCGCGGGCUGCACGGCCGCAACUGCCUCGAGUCGCGGGCCAUCGCGUACCAGACGUGGCGCUGGCAGAACCACUUCGAGGUCGUGAACGGCAACGUGGAAAUCACGAAGGUCUCGAAGUCCCCGCCGCCCAUCCCGUCGCCGAUGUUCGCCGGCGGCGCCUACAUCGUGGUGACGCGCGCCUUCGUCGAGCACGUGCUCAGCGACCCCGCGGCCCGGGCCCUCGCCGAGUGGGAGAAGGACACCUACAGCCCCGACGAGCACAUGUGGGCGACGCUCCAGCGGAUGCCCGGCGUGCCGGGCUCGCGACCCAUCCACCGCAAACACGACGUGGACGCCGUCGUCUCGAUCGCGCGCCUCGUCCGCUGGGGCGACCGCGAGGGCGAGAACCUCGCGGGCGGCGUCUACCCUCGCUGCAGGGGCCCCCACGUGCGGGCCGUCUGCAUCAACACCGCGGGCGACCUGGCCUGGGUGCUGCGGCAGCGUCACCUGUUCGUCAACAAGGUCGACUCGGCCGUCGACCCCGUGGUCGUCCGUUGCCUCGAGGAGCACCUGAGGCGCAGGGCGCUCGCGGAGGCCAGCGAAGAGCCCUGA